CUCAGCCGCUGGAGGAGGUGGUGCUGUCCUGGAGCAGUUUCAUACUUGUGUACACCACGUUCUCUGAAAAAAAGUGCUGAACAAAGAUAUUAAACUUACUAACAAUUUCCGUGAAGCAAGAUAAACUGAACAAAACGACGAAUCAUCUCACCGCAGACGAUAACCAUAUAAACAUCGCAUAUACAAGAGGCAUUCUUCUCUACCCAGAAAUAUAAUAUAUCCUGUCGAUCUAGAAGUAUUUAAUAUUCAGAAGAUGCAGGAAUGGGACGGACUUCUGCUGCAACUUUCCAAGUUCAUUAUCAUCUGCCUCACGACCUACGACUUGUCAGUCAUGGCGGAAGAUGGCGACGGAGACUUGGCUGCUCUGAUUGCAUGUAGCAGCAACAACAGUAGUAACAGCAGUAGCACCAGUAGCAGCAGCAUGCAGGUCAUCCUGUUCCACUGUGGCUCGCACGAGUGUAUCCGUCAGGAGUUUCGCUGUAACGGUGUUCCUGACUGUGCUGACGGCAGCGAUGAAGCUGUCAGGGAGUGCGGUUGCUUGCCCAACGAGUACCAGUGCGGGGAGACCUGCAUAGACAACAUGCGGCUGUGCGACACCCGAAUCGACUGUGUCGACGCCGCAGACGAGGCCAACUGUGAGACGUACGCGUGCCCAGUUGGUCACUUUAAGUGCAACAACCACUUCUGCGUCCCUAGUGAGCAUGUCUGUGACUUCCACGACCACUGUGGCGACGGAUCCGACGAGCAAGAGUGUCAUCACCGUGAGUGCUGGAAGGCAGAGUUUGAGUGCUCUAACGGACAGUGUAUCCGGCCUGGACGUAUAUGUGAUGGUGUUGCCCACUGUAAGGACGCCACGGAUGAGGUCCACUGCCUUCCAGAAGACUUCGCCGUGUGUGGGUCGGGAGCUAGAGUCCACCGCUACUACUGGUGUGAUGGUUGGCCAGACUGUAGGGACAACCACGCGGACGAGCUACACUGUGGUGAGUGUGACCCAGCUUGGCAGUUCCAGUGCCCCAACAGUCGCUGUGUGACUGUCAGCAACCUGUGUGACGCCAUCUGUGACUGUGUACCCGACUGUGCUGACGAGGCCAAUUGUACCCACCUUACCUACACCUUGACUGACGGUGUGAAGGUGUGUGAAGUUGGUUCAUCAAUGAGCUGUUCCGUGGCCAGCUUGGACCGGGUCCUGGACCGCUGUAUCACCCUCCCCUUCCUCUGUGAUGGUCGCAAUGACUGUCAUAAUGGUGGCUACCUCUCGGAUGAAUCUGGCUGUGGAGAGGAGACUUGUGGAGGAGGUGAUGGAAAUCGUAGUGACUGGUUCUCCUGUAGUGACGGUAGAUGUCUCCCUCCCAACCUUCACUGUGACCACAAAUACGACUGUCUCCAUGGUGACGACGAACUCAACUGCUCCCGUCCUGAGUGUCAGAGCUCUGAGUGGCAGUGCAGGAGCGGGCAGUGCAUCCCUGCAGCCGGCCGCUGUGACCUCACCUAUCAGUGCCAUGAUAAGUCAGACGAGGUCAAUUGUGGUACGGUGAGCUGUGGUGCUGACAGACGGAGGUGUGACAGCGGGCAGUGUGUGAAGCCGGAGCUCUGGUGUGACUGGCUGCCUGACUGUCCUGACGCAUCUGAUGAGGCACACUGUGAGCGCAGGAGGGAGUGCAGGUUGGAUGAGCUGCGAUGCGCCAGUGGCCAGUGCGUACCACUGCGGUACAAGUGUGAUGCUUCAGUGGGACCUAGACAAGCGUGUGCUGACUCUUCUCACCUCCUCAACUGCUCCAAGGAAAGAUGUGGCCCUGGUUUGUUCCAGUGUGGGUCAGGGCCCUGUCUACCCCCGAGCAUGUUGUGUGAUGGAGAGGUUCAGUGUCCACUCACCUGGGAUGAUGAAGACAACUGUCCAUUCUCGUGUUCAGCGUCUGCGCCGUACUGUGAGUGUAGAGACAUAAGCAUCAGCUGUCUCAACCAGGCAUACCAUCUUGCGGGGAACUACCUCAACCACACGCUAGAUAUCUCCACCUUCCUACCGUACCGGCACAUCGUUUUUCUGGACCUAAGCAACAACAGCUUGUCAACUCUGCCUGCUGGCGUCUUCCUCCACCUGAGUCGACUGAGGAUACUCGACCUGCGCCACAACUACCUCAGGAGCGUCGCAAACUCCACCUUCCUCGGGCUGGUCAACCUCAAAACUCUGCACUUGUCAGGGAAUGCAAUACUAGCACUGGAGGGCUGGGCUCUCUACGGUCUCUCCUCCCUCACUACACUAGAGAUGAGUCAGCAGGGGAUGAGGAACGUCUCCUGCCACGCCUUCGUAGGACUUCGCUCACUACUCAAUCUCAGAAAUUUAUCCAACAAUCAGUUGAGUCACCUGUCUGGCGGCGCGUUCAGCGGACUGUCCACUUUACUGUCUCUAGACCUCCGUCACAACCAGUUGAGUGUGAUGGACCCGAGGGUGUUCUCUGGUCUCACCAGCCUCCACCACCUGUGGACAGACGAGUUUCGGUUUUGCUGCCUGGCGCGGGAGGUGGGCUGGUGCCACCCUCCUCCAGAUGAGUUCAGUUCGUGUGAGGACCUCAUGACCAACAGCGUGCUCAGGGUGUGUGUCUGGGUCCUGGGCUUCAUAGCUCUCCUCGGCAACUCCUUCGUCAUCGUGUGGCGGCUCCUCUACGCGAAUGAUAAUAAGGUGCACUCUUUCCUCAUCACCAACCUGGCACUGGGUGACCUGUGCAUGGGACUCUACCUGCUCAUCAUUGCCGCAGUAGAUAUCUUCUACCGCGGUGUCUACUUCAUCUACGACGCUUUCUGGAGAACCUCCUCCCUCUGCCAGCUGGCGGGGUUCUUCUCCACCUUCUCCAGCGAGCUCUCAGUCUUCACCCUCACAGUAAUCACGCUGGAGCGCCUGGUGGUCAUCGUCUUCCCGUUUCGUGUUCCUCGUCUGAGCAUGAGGUGGACCAAGGUGAUCAUGGGCGUGGUGUGGGUGUGUGUUGCCUUCCUCGCCGCGCUACCCCUCGCUGACAUACACUACUUCAGGAACUUUUACGGGAGAUCUGGGGUGUGUCUGGCUCUCCACAUUACUCACGAGAAGCCCAGCGGCUGGCAGUACUCCGUCUUCCUCUUCCUGGUGCUGAACCUGGCAUCGUUUUCUGUGAUCGCCGGAUCUUACUGGGGUAUGUAUCGGGCGGCGCGCACCUCCAGCGCCGCCGUCAGAAGCGACCUUCAGCGUCGGGAGACCAGCAUGGCCAGAAAGAUGACUCUUAUAGUAGUGACAGAUGCCGCCUGCUGGCUGCCCAUCAUCUUGCUAGGCGUGGUGUCUCUCGCAGGAGUCACAAUACCACCUCAGGUGUUCGCCUGGGUGGCUGUGUUUGUGCUGCCUCUGAACGCGGCCAUCAACCCCUUGUUGUACACAGUGUCUACGGCGCCCUUCCUCAGCAAGGCCAGGGAGCGCGCCCUCAACGUGCGUUCCUCCUUCAGGUGGUCCAUCUCACGCAGGGCCACUAACUCUUCAACAGGCACAGCUGUUGAUGACAGGACAACGGUGGUGAAGCCCACGCUGACCCUGGGUGACCUGGAUCAUACCCCUGGGGCUCUGUCGACCCUUAGUGCUCUCCAUUUGCUCACCCCGCAUGUCAACCACCUCAACUCUACCCGCGGCCACCAGCCUAGGAGGUCACAAUCUCUUCACGGCACCGUGGGUCAUGUUGUGGCCAAGCGGAACACAAAUGAAGAAUGGGCGGUAUCUCAGAGAGAGAUCAUUCCCCUGUGUGAGCUGACCAACCACACGCAUACGCAGCUCUCCAGACAACUCUCACGCAAGAAGCACGCAAAACACCACCAUGAACUCUAUGACUGAGGCUAGACACCCUCGUUCUUCUUGCAUCACUACAUCAUUAUACAGAAAAAUAUCACCGGCAACCUCUCAUCACAUUAACCUUCUUAAUUAUAAGAAAUAACAUAGAAUUGGGUCAUAAAUAUUUCGUAUGAUUUACUGAGAUGAGUUAUCUUCAUCACUACAACCAUUCACACUAUAGUCACUACGGUAAUUACUGCUACAUGUCUAAUUCCUUAAUCACCAGAUGUCACCCACAGCAACACUUACAUCAUCAUAUAUGCUUUCACUCCUGUUCGUCCCUCAAGAUCCACCUAUGACCAUAAAAUUAUUCGAUAUUGUUAGGCUCGUAUCAUUCACACCAUAACAUGUUAAAUCAUCCUUAAUCAUUUAUUGUCAUUAUCAUUCAUAAACAAAAGCUUGUCAUGGCCAACAUCACAAUUUUAUCGUCAAAAGUGGCAACAUAAAACUAGAGUAUUAUUCCAAACUUUAACUGCCUUUUUCAUUUUUCUGUGUACCGUUAUUAGAUGUAUUCACGGGGAAGCGCUAAACCCCGGAGGGAGAAGCUCAGAAAACAAUGCGAUUUACAGGGCAUGUAAGUAUCCUUGUCUUCUAAUAACAUGUUCAUUUUUCCACUAUAAUCUAUCUUGUCCAUAAUUACUAUCGCGUUUGCUUUGUCUGUUUCGUAUAGUAAAGUCUGAUAAUGGUCCAGGAAGAAGCGAAACGUCAUCUAAGGUUACCUCUCCAACACGUGGGUUGUUUGUAAGUUGUUUCAGCCAAGGUUUUGUGUAUUUCCGGGGGUGAGCAAAACUUUAGAUCAAGAUAUUUCUAUAACAUUAUCAUUGAAAACCGUAUUAGCUUUGUCAGUAUUUAUAACCAGACAUUAUAUGAAGGUUACCAACGGGAAGAUCAGAUGUUAUAUGAAGGUUACCAACGGGAUGAUCAGAGGUUGUAUGAAGGUUACCAACGGGAUGAUCAGAGGUUAUAUGAAGGUUACCAACGGGAUGAUCAGAGGUUAUAUGAAGGUUACCAACGGGAUGAUCAGAUGUUAUAUGAAGGUUACCAACGGGAAGAUCAGAUGUUAUAUGAAGGUUACCAACGGGAAGAUCAGAUGUUAUAUGAAGGUUACCAACGGGAAGAUCAGAUGUUAUAUGAAGGUUAC